GUUCACCGCUACGGCUAUCUGGGCCCCUCAAGCUCAAAGCUGUCGGUUACGUAUUCAGUGGCCUCUCAGAGGAAAGGUAAUGUAAAAUAUUUAACAUCGGGUCGUGCAAGGCUACUUUUAAAUCAUUUAUAAAAUUUUAAUCCCUAUUUUAUAAAGCUUGACACAGCCGACGACACCUAUUUUGACUUAAUUAUAUGAUUCAAAAUUGUUAGUCGCCCAAGUGACUCCUCCCCGUUCAGACGGUAACAACACGCAUCACUCACAUAUGGCAUCGCAGGGUGAGCUGAUUUCAUCGGUUCGUGUUAUCCUGUGGAUAUAUCGGAUAAUCGGUCUGAGUCGAGAAAACAACCAAUCAGUACGCUAUCGUAUCUACCGUUGGGUGCUCAACAUUCCAUUCCUCUUUGCGUAUCUGUUUGCCAUGAUCAUAAGUGCUCUUCAUGAGGAAAACUCCGAAAUCCUUUGGAAAGAUACUAUUUUCAUCAUCCUCACCGAAGCUUCUAUGUUCGUUAAGGUGGUCACCACCUAUUGCCGGUUCCAGGAUACCUUUCAACUUUUGCAAACAUCUGUUUCGGAAGAAUUCUCUCCGAGGUGCCCAUGUGAGCAAGAACGGCAUCGAAGAGUUUUACGCCAUUUGAAUGGCGCUCUGAUGGGUUAUCUGACCGUUAGUGUCAUUACUGCCUGUAGCACAGCUAUUCACAUCUUCGAAGGUAUGCACAAACUUCCGACGUUCUCUUGGUUCUUUGGAGUACCAUAUGGUCCGGAUCAUGGAUUUAACUACCUACUCAUCGCUAGUUAUCAAGUGAGCGGUAUGGUGAUGCACUGUGCGUUGAAUGUCUCUGGGGAUAUUCAGAUAACCUACCUGUUGGCCAUCGCAGGGAUUCAGUUGGACUUUUUGAAAAGGCGAUUCGAGGAUUUGAAGGAAGAUUACCUGGUGCACUUGCAAAGGCGGAAUUUGAUCCACCAUAAUCGCCACAUGCAACUGGUGGAACAAUUCGUCCAAGAUAUCGAACGAGUCUACUCUCCUGCGACAUUCACACAGUUCUGUGUCAGUGCGAUAACGAUUUGUGCGACAGCCUUCCGCAUAUCCAGUAACGCAGGUGUUGCCAUCGGGAUGAUGAUGUACCUGUUGUCAAUGACCGUGGAAAUCUAUCUUCCCUGCUAUUAUGGAAACGAAAUCACGCGGAAAAGUCAACGCCUCACCAAUGCGUUGUACUCGUGCGAAUGGUAUCGGUUCGACUCGGAGACUCGUCGAACAGUGAAAAUGCUGAUGAUACGCACCAACAAACCAAUGAUGUUGAAGGCCGGUAGAUUUUUUCAGUACAGUUUGGAUACGUUUGGCACGACUUUGAACUCGGCAUACUCGCUCUUUGCUGUACUACAAAAUACAUUAGUGGAUUCUGGGAAACAAGGCCAACCGUGAACCAUGUUGUUUUCAUCAUUAUGACAAGCUUUCGCUUGUAAAGGUCUUGAGAAGGUAAGGUGCAAAAUUGUUGAGAGUGCCUAAAGGAGAGACAAUA